UGCCCAUCAGCUCGGACUCUGAAUCGGUUUCCAAUGGCCAUCUACUGACACUAUGAGUAAUUGAUUAGAGACUUUAAAAUCAUUGACACAGGUCUUUUGGUUCAUUAUAGUGAAAGUGUGAGCGAACAAGCCCCACUCUCCGGGGGAAAGAGCGCUUGGCUACAUGCGUGUGUGCCGGUGUUUCCAUAAGGAGCGCGCCUGGUGAUGCCACCACCAUGCCGAGAAGUCACACCGGCGAAGACAGCGGCGGCUCCGGGCUCUGGCUCAACACCUCCAGCACCGGGGACCGGCAGCAGGACUACCCCAUGAAGGAUGUGGAGUCCGCAGGUGCGGCGGGAGCGGAGAGGAAGCAGGGAGCCCGGCUCAGCCUGCUGGGGAAGCCGCUCACCUACAGCGCGCAGAGCGGCCGCCGCAACGCGCGCUACCGCCGCCUCCAGAACUACCUGUACAACGUGCUGGAGAGACCCAGGGAGUGGGCUUUCAUCUACCACGCGUUUGUGUUCAUCCUGGUGUUUGGAUGUCUGGUUCUCUCUGUGUUUUCCACCAUCCCUGCUCAUACGGAGUUCUCCUCGCACUGCUUGCUCAUCCUGGAGUUUGUGAUGAUUGUAGUGUUUGGCCUGGAGUACAUCAUCAGGAUAUGGAGUGCCGGCUGCUGCUGCCGCUACCGAGGCUGGCAGGGACGCCUCCGCUUUGCCAGGAAACCCUUCUGUGUCAUAGAUAUCAUCGUACUGAUAACCUCAGUUGCUGUGGUUUCAGCUGGUAGUCAAGGUAACGUGUUUGCCACUUCUGCGCUGCGUAGCCUGCGUUUCCUUCAGAUCCUGCGCAUGGUGCGCAUGGACCGCAGGGGAGGGACCUGGAAACUGCUGGGAUCCGUAGUUUAUGCACAUAGUAAGGAGCUGGUGACUGCUUGGUAUAUCGGGUUCUUGGUUCUUAUUUUCUCCUCCUUCCUGGUGUAUUUGGUGGAAAAAGAAUUCAACGACGAGUUUGACACCUACGCUGAUGCUUUGUGGUGGGGCACGAUCACUCUUACAACUAUUGGCUACGGUGACAAGACCCCACAGACAUGGACGGGGCGGUUGUUGUCUGCCGGUUUCGCUCUACUGGGGAUCUCCUUCUUUGCCCUGCCAGCUGGCAUUCUGGGGUCAGGCUUUGCCCUGAAGGUGCAGGAGCAGCAUCGACAGAAGCACUUUGAGAAACGCAGGAACCCGGCUGCCAGCCUCAUCCAGUGUGUCUGGCGUAGUUAUGCUGCUGAUGAGAACUCGGUUUCCAUUGCUACCUGGAAGCCUCAUUUGAAGGCGUUGCAUACCUGCAGCCCUGCAAAGAAAGAGCAGGGCGAGACUACUUACAGUAAGGGUCUAACUAAUGGGAGACUCUUCAGAAAGAAUGCUCUGAAAUUUAGGAGUCAGAAGUUGAGCUUUAAGGAGCGCGUCCGGAUGGCGAGUCCUCGAGGUCAGAGCGUGAAGAGUAGGCAGACGACCAUCGGUGACCGCCAGCGCUGUUCCCCUGGCAACGAGGUGGUGGGCAACAGCGAAUUGAUGGGCGGGAGCCCCGCCAAGGUGCAGAAGAGCUGGAGCUUCAACGACCGAACCCGCUUUAGGCCGUCGCUGAGGCUGAAGAGCCAGUCUCGCCCUGCUGCUCCAGAUGUGGACGCAGGCAUGGCCACGGAGGAUUCCUUUGAUGAGAGAGGCUGCCAUUGUGAUGUUACAGUGGAGGAUCUGUCGGCGCCGCUCAAAGCUGUCAUCAGGGCUGUCAGGAUCAUGAAAUUUCACGUAGCUAAGAAGAAGUUCAAGGAGACUUUGCGUCCGUAUGAUGUGAAGGACGUGAUUGAGCAGUACUCUGCAGGACAUCUGGACAUGCUCUGUCGCAUCAAGAGCCUUCAGACCAGACUAGACACUGUAGUGGGUCCCCCUCCGAGGCCGUUGAGCAGCCGUGUCAAGACCUUUUCCUCUCCUUCUCUGCAUUUAUAUUACAGCCAGGCCCGGAGGAAACAGUAUGCACCAGGACAUUCCAGUACAGCAGGAUCUGGUCCCAACCUAAGUAGCCGACCCAGGAACAUGUCCUCUCCCGCCCUGCACUAUUAUUACAGCAACAACAGGAGGAAGCUCUCUGGCGCGGGGGUGGAUCAGAUUCUGGGAAAGGGGCAGAUUCCUGUGGAAAAGAAACCGAGGGACAAACUGCACCCAGAUGGAGACUCGAUGGACAGCAUGAGCAUGCUGGGGCGUGUGUGCAAGGUGGAGAGGCAGGUGACUUCCAUUGAGUCGAAGUUGGACUCCUUACUGGAUGUUUACCGCCAGGUCUUACAGAAAGGUCCUUCGGCACUCACCCUCGCCUCCCUGCCCCUGUUUGAGCUGGACAACCACCAGCACCACAACUCGGACUACCAGGCCUCCCCCCAGGGAGGCGAUCCCGUCAGAGGCCGGGGAGACAACGGCAGUGGCAUGCACCGUUCCCUUAAUGCCAACCCCAGAGGCUUGCGGCUCAUUUUGGCACCGGCUGAUGAUGAUGGCCCUCCGGACUCGGCACCGCCAUCUUACCCCCCAUCCACAGCCUCACUCUCCCCUUCCCCCCUACUGCCCCCAGACAGCCCCUACCCAACCCUGGUGACCCCUUCCAAAAAGGCACAUUUCCCUGAUCUGCCACCCCCGCCUCCUUCAACGGGGACGUUCACCCUCCAGCUCCCUCCCAUGGUGCACCCUUCUCACCUCCGAUGCCCCACCGACCCUAUCUCCGAUGACAUGACGGACGAGGGAGCUGCUGAUGAAGGCAGUAUCGGCCCCUCUGUCGUCGUGAGAUGCAGUGUCGAUGAUGACCAAGAAGAAGACAGUGAGACAGACUUUGUACAAGAAAGGGUGCGACUGCGAAGGAAGACAGACUUGAAAUCCGAGGGAGUCUGGAGGAGGCAUUUGAGCCUCGAGGUCAACCCCUUGCUCCUCUCAUCCAGCCCAGAGGCGGGGCCUUCAGACUGGGGAGGCAGUCUUGGGAAAUCCCUCUCUGUGCACAAUCUCAGCCAGCCUUUAACCAACCGUGCCCCUGGUCUGUCCUUUGCGCUCAACAACAGCAGCAGCAGCAACGGCAGUGAAGGUGGCGAUGAUCACCUAAGCAACUGGGAUGGAACUGACUUUUUCAUUAGUGAGUGCAAGCUGGAUCAAGAAGAAGAACAUUUCAACUUCCUGUCCCAGGAAGAUGACAUCAGCCCUUCAGACAUUUUACAAACUGCAGAGGAGGCUGUACCUCAACCAAAGGAGAGCUCAGAGUUUCUCAGUCAAUCCUCACACAUACAGCGGGUAUAAGCACACACAGUGACAAACACACAAAAUGUAUAGUGGUUGAAGCCGCUUUUUAAAAUAUUUAUAGGAGGCACUACAUAGAUUAUGUUCAAAAUUAUACAAUUAUUUACUUUGUAUGUGAACAAACAGUGGUUUCAUAUUUUCUUUUAAAUGAAUACAUCCAGUUGCAUACAGAUUUUAUUACACUAAACACUUUUUUAUGGGUUGCCUAAAUUACUUUAACCUGUGCAGUAAAAGAAUGUACAAAUCUGAAUGCAAGUGGCUGUGUUCAUGUUACACAAAAUAUGAAAACAUUGCACAAAUAGGAGAAGUAGCUUUCUUAAUGAAAAGGCAAUUUGAUUGAUAUUUUUAUGGUCAAUAUAAUGAAAUAUGAACAUAGAAUGUUGAUUUUAAGUAGUUUUAUUUAAAUUGGAGACAAAGUAAGGACAGUUGUGCUUUCUAAAAUUUGGAUAAGACAGUAAGUGCAGAUGCAAAAUCAAUCAUUUGCUAUGUUAUAAGAACGACUAGGAGCAGAAUUAACUUCCCUUUUAAAGUAUUUUUUCAGCACUUGUACAUUUGCAGACUGAAGCUAAGGGAGCUCUAGAAACUAAAUUUGGACUCAUCUGCAGAAGAAGGAAUCAAACUUUUCUUUACAGCAGUUAGGUAAAAACAAAAUAAAAUGUAUCUUGUAAUUGAAAUUUACUAAUAAAUCUCUCUCUUUAAAUAUAAAUAAAUGUUUCUCUUCUAACCAAACCAUGUGAUGAAAUAAGUGAACACAUGUACAUGCGAACACACACAAAAACACAUUAACACAUUAAUUGAAACCACAAAUCUCUCAGAGAGAGAACUUGACAAAAAUAAAAUAAAAAUAAAAGCUGAGACUGACAUUUUUUAAUAUAUAUACAUACGGUAUGCUUCUGUUCAAACUUUUUUGGAGGAAGGAGGGGCAUUCAUUCUGCUUAGUCAGUGUUUGUCUAAGCUGAUAUAAAUGAAGUCUACUUAUGCUUUUGUCCCUAUCGCUGCAUGGAUGGUUUCCAAAAAACAAAUGAAAAGGAGAAAAAUGAGUAAAACCUGGAAAUAUGGGAAAUUCUUACUUGUAAAAAGACAAAAUUCAACAAACCCAUAGCCGAAUUUAGAUGACAGAAAUCUAAUUUCAUUAAUUUUUCUACCACUUGCUGAAAUAUUAAUGUUUAUAUGGUUGCUUAAUUUUAUCUCAUUGAAAAUUGUUGAUUCAUUUGGAACAGAAACAUGAUUGUAAAAACUGACUACCAGCUAUUACUUAGGCACUGGACCACUUCCCACUUGGUUGGACAGUAGCCUAAUGGUUUCAAUGCUGAAUUACAUUUAGGUUAUUCAAGUGGGCCUUUCCGGCCAAGCAUGAGAUGCUGCAUGAUGUUGAAGCUGUUUUCAAACUUGAAGACAAGAGCAGAGACAUAGUUGCUGGUGGCGUGUACGUCUUUCUGUGUGUUGUAAUGUUUUCCUCCAGGCUUUUAACAAAAGUAUUAGAAAGUCUGCUUAUAUGAGUAUUGUUUUCUUCUAAUUUGGCCUGAUUUGGUAUUUAAAACCUGUAUAGCCAAAUAUGUGGAUAACGCAACUUUUAUGCCAAAAGUUCAACAUUUAAAGGGCAAACUUUUUAUUUUUGCCUUUUUCAAAGCAUUUUCUUACAAUAAGAAGUGACAUGGGGCAUUACAGGGCAGAAUGUGUUGUUCUUAAUCCAGCAUGCAUGUUGUUACUUCAUUCAAAUGUGCCCAAACAGUUGAAUAUAUACAAAUAAUUAAAUAUGAGAGAACAAACUCUCAAUGCAAAAUCUGCAAUAGUAUUUUUAGUGGCAUGUCCUUUCCCAUCCUUCAGCUGACGCCUAUAUCGAGAGCAGCAACCACAGACAGUUUCGGAAAAGGAACAAAAGAAUCUCAUCUGUUACUGAGACAAAAUGUGGUUUACAUUUGCCUUCCUUACCUUUUCAGUUGCCCUUUAUAAUUUUUACACACUUUUUUUUUGUUUGCUUUUUUUGUCAUGACUCACCUCCGUCUUACACUCAACGGUAUUUAACAGUUUGAGAUUUUUGUACCAAAGUAGUGAAUUUCAUCAAUAAACAGAAGUCAUGUUUUCACUGGUGAGCUUUUUAAGAAUUGUGGUUGUCUCAGUUGACAUUGUUUCCAUUUUCACAAAACCAUGUUGGUCAUUAUAUAUACCAUAUUUUAGUUGCCAUUUUGAUACAUUUUGUGCUCAGUCAUGGCAGUCUUAUUAUGUUACUGGGUUGAGAUCUCUUGAGCUUUAUUCCCAGAUGAGUAAAUGUGUUGUCUUAGCAAACUAACCUUUAUAUUUAUAU